UACGGCGUGACGUUAGCCACGCCGGCGGCAGCUGGGCAGCGCGGCAACCAGGCGAACUUUGUUGUUAUACCGGGCGCGCGCUUGAGACAUAACCUCGCACCGUCGUCACGCUCAGAAACAUGUCAUCGUGCACGGACUUACUGCGAUUGAACGACUAUCGGUUAUUCCGGGACGUCAAGCCGAGCCUACCUAAAGGUGUGAAGGAGACACGGAACAUUCUCGAGAUUCGCGACAACGUGCUGUACGCGUGGAACGCCGACAAGCGCUGCGUGCUCAUGCUUAACCUGGCAGCGACCCGCGGCGAGCCCGGCGAAGACGUCCUCUACCAAACGCUGCAGCCGACAGAUCCGCCAAUCUUCGAUAUCACCAAUGUGCUGAUAAACGAGACAGUGACGCAGUUGGCAUUAUGGGGCAACUUGGGUAUCUCUCUCAUAGAGCUGCCGAAGCGAUGGGGCAAGGAAACCGUUUUUGAAAGCGGCAAAGAGGAUAUUCUCUGCACAAGUCACAACUUCGGCGACUUCGUGGCAACCACAGAAAUUCAACGCGUCCGAUGGCAUCCGGGCUCGACGAGCGACUCGCACUUAUUGGUCUUAACAUCCGAGAACUCCUUCCGUUUGUACGAUUGCGAGCUGGGCGGCGCACCCAGACUCGUAAAAUGCUGGAAAGUCGGCCGCGCGCCCUCGUGCUCGCCCCGGAAGAUCCCGGACUUCACUUCCCUCGGCGAGACCGCGGUGGAUUUCGAUUUUGUCACUCCCACCUUGAAGAAAGCGGAACUGUUCGCCGACAAGAACAUCGACGAGGUGAAAAACGUCAUCGAUUGGAAUCACAUCGAAUGGCCGAUCCUGAUCCUUCGAGGAAACGGCGAGAUACUGAUCGUUCACGGGAACAUCUUGUUGGAGAACUAUGAGGAUCCGGUGGUGCUAGGCUCGCUGUCUAUGUAUCCACCGAGCGACGAUAAUUACGGGAUAGAUUCAUGCUCUAUCAUGUGCCUGCAAACUACCCCGCCGAUAGUGGUCAUCGCCAUGUGCACCGGAAAGAUUUAUCACGCGAUACUAUUGCGCGAAAUACUGGACGACGACGACGACGACAGAAAGACUUGGUCGCAAUAUGGCUCAAACUAUAGCCUUCACACGCCGGACGAUGCGCUCUACGUCUUUGAAUGUGUCGAACUAGAGCUGGGUCUCCUCUUCACGGACGAUGAUAAAAAAUACAAUUGUCCCGUCUAUCUUCAUGGCGAUAAGGGCAACAAAUCGAGAUAUUUCUGCUCUCAUAACGCCGGGAUUCACAUGGUGAGUCUGCCGAUGGUUUCUCAACUGGAGGAAUUUAUAAACGUACCAAAUGAUAAAAACGAUCAUCACUUACCUUCUUUGUCGAACCAAUCGACCUUGCAAUAUUUAUUUUCCACGAGAACGAAGCACACGAGCAUAGACGAGGCCACGCCGAUCUUCGGUUUCGGUCUUCUCCAAGAACCAUGCGUUUUGGUCGCGUUGCUGCACACAGGCGUUGUCGUCGAUUUCUCAGUCAUAGAUUUGCAUUAUCUUCCAGUAGCGAAGCAACUCGAACCUAUCGUCAACACCAUAAAGAAAGUAAACAAGGAACCGUUCGACGCAUACAUAAAAAGAUUGCUAAGACGUGAUAUAUCGCAACCCAUAACGAAAAUAGGAACCCGCUCGAUGUCCUUAAGCGAGUGUCUAGAGCUUCUGUAUCACGCCACAAAUAUAUUUCGUACCCAACAUUUCGUUCGCCACGACAAAGUCCGGGAAGAAAUCAACAAGAAGGUGCAUGCUUUGAAGGUUUUGAAAACCCAUCUCUUGAAAGAACUUGAUGUUUUAAUGGAAACAAAGAAAGAAUUGCAACGUACCACGGAGCACGUAGCCGAACGAUAUGAAGAUAUCAAGGAGAAACAGAAGGAGUUAGCACGUAGGGCAGAGGAAGUUCUGCGAUUGGUAAAUUACAAAGAACCUUUUCUGACUGCUGUCGAACGAGCAGAAGUGGAAGAAUUGGAAAAGAUGGAAAUGAAAAUGCACAGCAUGGAAAUCCGACUUGAACAGCUCAAGAAAAAGUCUGCUCAACAAAUUGUAUCUGUAGACGCCAACGAAUUCAACGGGAAAAAGAAAGAAAUUGUUUUCACACGUAGUCAAGAGAAAGCGAUAAAGGAAAACCUUAGUCAAAUGGAAAAAAGUAUAAAAAAUUUAGUAGCUCAGGUGAAACAAAUCAAAACAGAGAUUACUUUGUCAUAUAUUAAUAAACAGUAAUAAUAAGUAUUAUUUAACUAAAUAAUUUAUAUUUAACCCUUAGCUGACACACGGG